AUGGCGACGAAACUGCAGGUUCCGGCAUCCUCAUCCAUCGUCAACGUCUCCAUCAUCGACAGCACCUCUCGCAUCAACAAUCUCCCCUACUACAUCGCCAUGACACCUCUGUACCCGGGCUACGAACACGGCUUCGUGCCCUGCUACGUCUUCCUGAUCCAUCACCCCCUGGCAAACACCCGCCUUCUGUACGAUCUGGACCUGCGCAAGAACAACACCCAUCUGAACCCGCACCUGGUCAAGAAGAUGGUGCCGCUACAGCUCGGAUUCAGCAUCGAGAAGGACACGGCGGACAUCCUGCAUGAGAACCAGCUAGGCCUGCGGGCUAUCGACACGAUUAUCCUGUCGCACCACCAUUUCGACCACGCCGGAGACACGACCAAGUUCCCUCCCACGACAAACCUGCUCGUCGGCCCGGGGACCAAGGCCAAGUACAGGCCGGGAUAUCCUGCAGACCCGGACAAUCAGGGGUCGACCUCGGACACAGCGAUCCGCGGGUUCUGCGAUAUCUGCGGAUUCAAGGUUUUCGACUGUUUCGGCGACGGCAGCCUCUACAUCCUCCACACGCCAGGACAUACCGCAAACCACCUCUCCGCGCUGGCGAGGACGACGCCGGCCACGGCUGAAGAGAACUCGACCUUUAUUUUCAUGGCCGGCGACCUCGUGCAUAGCGGCAUGUGCUUCCGCCCCGACAGUCACAUCGACGUCCUCAUCACCAUUCCGAACCGAGCCCUUAACACGCCUCCACCGUCUCUAUCCAUCCAUCACCACCACCACCACCACCACCUCCUCCUCCUCCUCCUCCUCCUCCUCUCCCCCCCUUACUCUUCUGAGACUGAGCCAGACGACCCCCGCACCCAACCCUUCAGCCUAAUCGCCCGCAGCGUCGAAGAAGACAGCGCGGUCUCCCAGGCCAAUGCGACGACGCUGGCCGCGCGCUUCGAUGCCGACUCGGAUGUCCUGGCCAUCUACGUCCGCGACGACCGCCUGCUGGACAGCGGCGGCGUGCUCGAAUUUUUCCCCAAGGCGACGCCAACGAACGAGUGGAAGGGGAAGGGGUGGAAGAUCAGGGGACACUGGCGGUUUCGGGAUAAGAUGGUCCGCGCGUUCGAGGCCGCCGGCGGUGCCAACGACCGAUAG